AAAGUGAGACGCUGUUAUAAUAUCAUCGUGGAACGAUAAUAGCUGUGAAUAUCAGCCAUGGGAUCUUCACCAAGUUUCCCCGUCGUGUCGCUACCGAGAGAGAGGAUCGUUGUUGUAACGGGUGGCAAUACCGGGAUUGGCUACGAAGCUGCAAAACAUAUAGCGAUGAUGGGGGCUACCGUCAUAAUAGCCUGUCGAUCCGAACAAAGAGCCACUGAUGCAAUCAAAAAGAUGAAUGAAGAUUAUGAACAAAUCAAAGCUGACGGUAACUUGAGGCAAGGACAUAUAAAUGGAGCCAAACUCCCGGUAGAGUUCAUGCAGUUGGACCUGGCUUCGCUGAAAUCAACGAUGGACUUUAUAGAGGCAUUCAAGUCUUCCGGGCGGAAACUCCAGGUUUUGUUGUGUAAUGCUGGCCUCGCAGCAGUUGACAGAGAAAUCACUGAAGAUGGAUAUGAGCUGCAGUUCCAGGUGAACUACCUGACUCACUUCCUGAUUGUCGCCCAUCUGCUGCCUAUCAUGAAGACCUCGGGAGAAGACUGCAGAAUUAUUUUCACGUCCAGUGCGGCUCACAAGUUCGCCAGAUUUGACUUGGACAAGGCACAAGCACAGAACCCAUCAGACUUUGACAAAGUGCGUUACUAUGGUAGCUCAAAGUUAUAUCAGAUACAGCACAUGUUCAGCCUUCUACGUCGUCAGCAUGGACAACAACUGACAGUGAUGUCAUUUCAUCCGGGUGUAGUCAACACAGAGAUAGGGAGGCACUAUCAGAAGCGACGACUGUAUUCCUUUUUCCUUGGGGCCGUGUCUACUUUACGAAUAUUGCGGACUCCUUUCCAAGGGUCGGUAACUAUGGUAGACGCUGCAGUAAAUCCCGAAAAGAAGGGAUUGAGUGGUGUCUGUCUCGUUGAUUGUAAGCCAGCUUUCAUGUCCAGUGAUGCCAGGAAUGAAAAGUUCCAGGAGGAAUUGUGGACGUACACGCUGGAGUGUCUGAAGCAGUAUCUUCCCGAAGAUGUCCUCAGUGCAUUGGAAGGACCAUCUUCUUGAACAGGAACAACAAAUGAGGGGAUAUAACAUAUAUACACAUCUGCAUUAGACAGACAGUUCAUUACCACAACUACUAGGAUCUAACCAUGCAUAGUAUCACUGAUGGCACUCAUAACAGCCGAUAUCUGAAAGCAGAGAUCUCAUUGUUCCCCCGAGUGCAUUAUAAAGAAUCGGUGAAUAUGAUUAGUUAAUAUGUGAUGAAACAUAUGUAUAUAAACACAGCUUGAGAAGAACUCGUUAUGGUAUCGUCAGAAUCGGAGAGUGGUCCGAUUUUAGCACAUUUUCUUUUUUAUUCCUAAGUGGAAAAUAUGUCACAUUGCAGCAAUCUUGUGAUUCUAAUAUUCUCCAUUCCACAAGCCCGAGUCCCUAUAAGCAUCUUAAUACAUUUCAUCUUCAGAUCUAAUAAGAUAAUCGGGAUAAGAACUAAAACCAUUUGAUCAAUUUCGAUGAAUGUCCAGGUGAUGUACUCUGUGAUCUGGGGACUUGAAGCGAUGUAUAUAUCACUUUGUAAAAUAAAUUAAAUAUUCAA